UGUAUACGACCCCUUAGAAGUAACCAAUUUUCUUGUUUACAUUUUUUCUUCAAUGGAAAUACAAAAUGCCAAGAAGAAAUUUAUUGAAUCGUGAAAAAUUAAAGUUAAUUUCAAAUUUAGAAAAUAAUGAUUUAAAUAAUUUCGAUGCUCAGCAUCAGUUCCAUGUAAGUCGGGCAACAAUUUACCGGUGUUUGUCAUCUAAAGAUGAUAUAGUUUAUGCAGUGGAAAAUGGAAUGGGCAAGAGAGCCAGGGUUGAAAAAAAUAAACAUACUGUUCAUGAUAAUCUUGUCAAGGAUUUCAUCCUGGAGUGUCAAACGAAAGGGAUUGGAUUGAAAGCUAGUUUUAUCAAAAAUUAUGCUAGAAUCAAAGCAAUUGAAAUUGGUAGACAUGAGUUAAAUUGCAGUAAAGGAUGGCUUGAUUCAUUUAGACAGAGGACACACUUGAAGUUUGGAAAAAUUUAUGGUGAGGCAAAAGGAGCAAACAUGGUGAAGGUGAAUGAAUGGAAAACAGAAAUGAUACCAAGAAUUAUUAUUGACUGGAGAAGUGAAUUUAUCUACAACUGUGAUGAGACUGCUUUGUUUUGGAGACAAACGCCAGUUAAAACUUAUUUCAUAAGUAAAUUUGAUCAUUCUGGAGACAAAUUAUUCAAAGGAUAACAAUAUUAUUCUGUGUCAACCGAGCUGGUGAUAAGGAAAAGCCUUUAGUCAUUGGUACAGCCAAAAAACCUCGAUGUUCAUUUGUUGGUUGGCUAGAUAAUAUUGAUGUCAAUUACUGUGGUCAGUCAAAUGCUUGGAUGGACUUUAAAACAUUUGACAAUUGGCUUUCUAAUUGGAAUCAAAGAUUAGAAGAAGAAGGAAAAAAAAUAUUACUUAUUCUAGACAAUUUUGCUGGACACAAAGUGAACACUGAAAAGUACAAUAUGAUUUCGUCCAAAUUUCUUCCUCCUCAAACUACAAGUCAAAUUCAGCCAUUAGAUGCAGGAAUCAUUCAUUCCUUUAAAUCAAAAUAUCUCACUCUUUUUGUUAACUUUUUAAUUUCUAAUAUUGAACCUGGUCAUUUAAAUGAAAAAGUCAAAAAAAUUAAUUUAUUUAAUGCUUUAAAUUGGGUAGAUUCAGCUUGGAAAGAUGUAACUACUCAAACAAUUUACAAUUGCUGGUCUCACACUGGAUUUAGUUACUCUUAUGAAGCUGAAUCAAUUCAAACAAAUGAUGAUCUCUCAAGUGCCCUUAAUAACCUUUCUAUUAAUUGUUGUUCAGUAAAUGAAUACAUUGACCAAGUUACUAUGGAAGUAACAAAUUAUUAUGAUUUUGAUAUUAAUAAAAUUUAAUAACAUUGAAUUUGCUGGUAUAA